GCUUUCUCCUCUUAACAGGUCUCUGCUGUUUCUUCCUGACCUCACCAAACAGCCAUGUCAUCAGAGUCGAGCAAGAAGCGGAAGCCCAAAGUGAUCCGAAGUGAUGGGGCUCCAGUGGAAGGGAAGCGGAAUCGUUCUGACCCCGAGCAGGAAGGCAAAUACUACAGUGAGGAGGCUGAGGUGGACCUGCGGGACCCUGGAAGAGACUAUGAGCUGUACAAGUACACGUGCCAGGAGUUGCAGCGGCUCAUGGCCGAGAUCCAGGACCUGAAGAGCAGGGGAGGCAAGGAUGCGGCAGCUGAGAUUGAAGAUCGCAGGAUCCUGAGCUGUGUUCAUUUCAUGACUCUAAAGAAGCUUAACCGAUUAGCCCACAUCAGGUUGAAGAAAGGACGAGAUCAGACCCAUGAGGCCAAGCAGAAAGUGGACGCGUAUCACCUGCAGCUCCAGAACCUGCUGUACGAGGUGAUGCACCUGCAGAAGGAGAUCACUAAAUGUCUGGAGUUCAAGUCAAAGCAUGAAGAAAUUGACCUGGUCAGUGUAGAGGAGUUUUAUCAGGAGGCUCCUCCAGAUAUCAGCAAGGCUGAGAUCACCACGGGAGACCCUCACCAGCAAACCCUUGCACGUCUGGACUGGGAGUUGGAGCAGCGGAAAAGGUUGGCGGAGAAGUACCGCGAGUCCCUCUCCAACAAGGAGAAGAUCCUUAAGGAGAUUGAAGUGAAGAAGGAAUACCUGAGCAGCCUCCAGCCUCGCCUGAACAGCAUCAUGCAGGCUUCCCUCCCGGUGCAAGAGUACCUGUUCAUGCCUUUUGACCAGGCUCACAAACAAUAUGAGACGGCCAGACACCUGCCGCCUCCCCUCUAUGUCCUCUUUGUCCAGGCCACUGCGUAUGGGCAGGCCUGUGCUCAUAUGAAAUCCUCCCAGCCCCCUAGACAGGAUAAAACACUGUCUGUGGCGAUCGAAGGCAGUGUGGAUGAAGCCAAGGCCCUGUUUAAGCCUCACGAGGAAUCCCAAGAUGACGAGAGCGACUCGGAUGCCGAGGAGGAGCAGACCACGAAACGCCGGCGACCCACACUGGGAGUUCAGUUGGAUGACAAACGCAAGGAGAUGCUGAAGAGGCACCCGCUGUCCGUCAUGCUGGACCUGAAGUGCAAAGAUGACAGUGUGCUUCACCUGACGUUCUACUAUCUCAUGAACCUCAACAUCAUGACAGUAAAAGCCAGAGUGACAACUGCCACGGAGCUGAUCACCCCCAUCAGUGCAGGUGACUUGCUGUCUCCUGACUCAGUCCUGAGCUGUUUGUAUCCUGGGGAUCAUGGAAAGAAAACGCCGAAUCCAGCCAAUCAGUACCAGUUUGAUAAAGUGGGCAUCCUGACUCUGAGAGACUACGUGCUUGAUUUAGGACACCCCUACUUGUGGGUACAGAAGCUGGGCGGCCUCCACUUCCCUAAAGAGCAGCCCCAGCCCACAGUGAUCGCUGACCACUCGCUGAGCUCCAGCCACAUGGAGACCACCAUGAAACUGCUAAAGACCAGAGUGCAGUCCCGCCUGGCCCUCCACAAACAGUUCGCGUCCCUGGAACAUGGCAUUGUACCAGUUACUAGCGAUUGCCACUACCUCUUCCCUGCAAAGGUUGUCUCUCGCCUGGUGAAGUGGGUGACGAUUGCCCAUGAGGAUUACGUGGAGCUGCAUUUCACCAAGGACAUUGUGGAGGCAGGACUGGCUGGGGACACCAAUCUCUACUACAUGGCACUCGUGGAAAGGGGCACAGCCAAACUCCAGGCAGCUGUGGUGCUGAACCCCGGCUACUCCUCCAUCCCACCCAUUUUCCAGCUCUGUCUGAACUGGAAAGGGGAGAAAACCAACAGCAAUGAUGACAAUAUCCGGGCCAUGGAGAGCGAGGUCAACGUGUGCUACAAGGAGCUGUGUGGGCCCCGGCCCGGCCAUCAGCUCCUGACCAACCAGCUGCAGCGCCUGUGCGUGCUGCUGGACGUCUACCUGGAGACCGAGAUCCACGAUGACAGCGUGGAGGGGCCCAAGGAGUUUCCCCAGGAGAAGAUGUGUCUGCGGCUUUUCAGGGGCCCCAGCAGGAUGAAGCCGUUUAAAUAUAACCAUCCUCAAGGAUUCUUCAGCCAUCGCUGACCUGCUCGGCCUGUGGUUUCCCCUGGGCCCUGUGCUGUGCGUCCGCUUCCUCUUCUGUUCCACAUGUGGCUCCUGAUAGUCUCCAAAGACAGGUUUUAUAUUUCUAGCCAAUUAAAGUGUCAUCUGACGAAGUG